AUGUAUCCAGAGGGGAAGUCCCUGCUCAGGGAAUCUCCCGCCAGCUGCAGUGCAGGAUCCCAGCGACUCUGGAGGAGCACGUGGAGCAGCAGCAGCCCCAGCAGCAGUAGCAGCCCCAGAAGCAGCAGGAGGAUGGAAGAUACCCAAUCAACUGUGGAGCUGAGAAAUUCACAGGAGCAGCCUGUGUUCACAGAAGGCCAGGUGAUUUUGAAGGACUACAGUUCAGCCAAACCUCAGGAGGUAGAAAAUAUGGACAGUGGAGAAGACAAUAAAGACCAGGUCCCACCCAAUGAAGAUGAGGAUAUAGGAGAUGAUGAUUCAAUGAAAGUGAAAGAUGAAUACAGUGAAAGGGAUGAGAAUGCUUUAAAGCCAGACCCCAUGGAAAAUGCGGAAGAUCCCGAAAUACCUUACAGCUAUCCAAGAGAAUAUAAUGAAUACGAAAGCAUUAAGUUGGAAAGACACGCUGUCUCUUAUGACAGCGGCAGGCCAACUAGUGGAAAAAUGAACUGUGAUGUGUGCGGAUUAGCCUGCAUUAGCUUCAAUGUAUUGAUGGUUCAUAAGCGAAGCCAUACUGGUGAACGCCCAUUCCAGUGUAAUCAGUGUGGGGCAUCUUUUACUCAGAAAGGUAACCUCCUCCGCCACAUUAAACUUCACACAGGGGAAAAACCUUUUAAGUGUCAUCUCUGCAACUACGCAUGCCAGAGAAGAGAUGCUCUCACAGGUCACCUUAGGACACAUUCUGUUGAGAAGCCCUACAAGUGUGAGUUUUGCGGAAGGAGUUACAAGCAGAGAAGCUCCCUUGAGGAGCAUAAGGAACGAUGUCGCACUUUCCUGCAGAACACCGGCAUGGGUGACACUGCCAGCGUGGAGGCAAGACAUCUCAAAGCAGAGAUGGGAACUGAAAGAGCUCUUGUGCUGGACAGAUUAGCAACCAACGUGGCCAAACGAAAAAGCUCGAUGCCCCAGAAAUUUAUUGGUGAGAAGCGUCAUUGCUUUGAAGUCAAUUAUAAUUCCGGCUACAUGUAUGAGAAGGAAAGUGAGAUGAUCCAGACUCGGAUGAUGGAUCAGGCCAUUAACAAUGCCAUCACUUACCUUGGAGCUGAGGCCCUGCGUCCCUUAGUGCAGACCCCUCCUGCCCCAACCUCAGAGAUGGUCCCAGUUAUCAGCAGCAUGUACCCCAUUGCACUUACCCGUACAGAGAUGCCUAACGGUGGCCCUCAGGACCUAGAGAAGAAAAACACCCACCUAUCAGACAAGUGCCUACCUUCUGAAAGAGGCCUCUCCCCCAACAACAGUGGCCACGACUCCACAGACACAGAUAGCAACCAUGAAGAACGCCAGAAUCAUGCCUACCAGCAGAACCUCAUGAUCCCUCCCCGGGCCAGAAAUGGGAUGCCACCCCUGAAGGAGCUGCCCCACUCCUAUGAACUCCUCAAACCCCCACCUAUCUGCCCUCGAGAUACCAUCAAAGUGAUCAACAAAGAUGGAGAGGUGAUGGGUGUGUUCAGGUGUGACCACUGCCGAGUCCUUUUCCUGGAUUAUGUGAUGUUCACCAUUCACAUGGGCUGUCACGGUUUUCGUGACCCUUUUGAGUGUAACAUGUGUGGGUACCGGAGCCAUGACAGGUAUGAAUUCUCCUCUCACAUUGCUAGAGGAGAACACAGAGUCAUGUUAAAGUAAAUAGCUCAAUUCUGUCUCAGAGAUUUAAGUAUUAAGCAUCAUUAAAAAGCAACAAGAACAACAAACAACCAGCACCUCCACUUAGCUGAAACUAUACCACCUCAAAUAUUUUUUUCAUAUCAGUUCUGACAUAAAAAGUGUAAUGUCUUCAUUUACUGCCUAAGGGAUUCUGCUCUCAUUCAAUAAUUCUUGUGAACCCAUUGUGUUACUAUUGAGAGAUGGGUUUUUAUAGCAUUUUUUUUUCCUCAGGGACUUUAUAUUAUUGGACUAAAAGCAGGGGAAUCUUUAAUCAUUGCCUUCUACAACAGCACAACUCAAAUCUACGUUGAGAAGUUUGUCAUCCAUUCAAACCUCAAACAGUCCCCUGGCUGUGCUGUCUGAAAGCUUGGAGGUGACAUGUAUUCAGCUCCAUAAACAGGGAAGACUGAUGUUGGUCAGAAAACUGACUCAGAAUUUUGCAUGCACUCAAAUCUUGGACUGCAUUGAUUUUGGGGGAAGGGGGUUGUAGGGGAAGGUAUUUCCAAGUGCCAUAUAAAGAACAGGGGAAGAACAGCAGUGUGAUAGUUUAUGUGAUCAAGGGACCUAAUCUUGUAUUCGAAGACCACAAACUCAACAUCAAAUCUGCCUUAGACCAGCAGCGUGCUCCAAGACAGUCACGUGUUCAUCCUGCUGCUUCUCCCUACUAUCCUUCCUCCCCCAAUUCUCUAAGAACUGUCUUGGGUUAAGCAAACUACUCUGGAAGGAAUUCUAUAUAAGAAGAGUCAUCUUUUAUAAACAAAGACAUAUGUUCAUUAAAACAUAGCAAAUUGUCCGUUAUGGAACUCAGCAUCAAUUUCCUUUCCCCGGAGAUGGGAAGAGGGAGUAUCUAAGAGGGGAAAGAAAUAGUUCAGCAGUUUAAACAGGAGAAACACCUACCUACAUGAUCAAUCAGCAAGCACUUAUUAAGUGCUUUGUAUUAAGUAUGCCAGAUACUAUGUUCUUCUGACCCCUCACAGUCUAUUGUUACAGAGUCCAGGUAGAACUGCCAACCAACCCUUCCUUGAAAGUAUUAUAAAAUUUUUAAAAACAUUGUUUAGUUGCAUAUUAACUCCCCCACCUCUAAGGAAGGUUAGGCAGUUCUUGAGAGGUCAUAGGGAUAGUGUUUUUCAGGCCAGAAGUUGCCCAUCAGGGAGAUAGCCUUUCUGAUGGCACAAGAUCUUUGGCAAUAUGACAGGUUUAUAUUUUGAUAGAGGUGACCCAGUAAAUGCAACACAUAUUUAUUAAGCAUCUGCUUUGGGAAGGGCACUAGCCAGAGGCUUUGGGUGUACAAAGGUAAAAAUGACAAGAGUGCCUGCCAGUAGGAAGCUCAUAUUCUAGCUAAAUAUUCGUAGUCUGCGCUUCAUCAAAGGAGGUGUAUCAAUCACAAGUCUAAUGGAGAAGGAGUUGAUAAGCCUUAAUAUAAAAGAAAUACAUCGUGGAACAGAGGAAAGAGUCUUAGACUUAAGAGACCUUGAAUCUAGUCCCCAGCUCUGCCACCACCUGUAUGAGUUUUCACCAAGUCACUGUACUUCUCAGGAACCUUAGUUCCCUCAUCUGCAAAACAGUAUCUGAUUAGACAGUUGCUAAAGUUCCUUCUUACUCUGACAGUCUGAUUUUGGGAUGACUACAGGUCCUUUUGAAGCUUCCUCAUCUAUCAGAACUGAGUGGGCAUAAAUUUUUAUAUAUAUAAUUAAUGUAUAUGUGUAUGUAAUAUUAAUGUAGGUAUAUUGCACAUUUAUCUGAUGGUAAGGAAAAUGUAUUUCAGUUUUUCCUUAAACAUCUUUGGGUCAUGAGGGAGAUGAAGAGGAACAUAAAGGGGGAAAACAUCUUAAUUCUCCCCCAAAGUAUGAGCAAAAAGUAAUGCAAAUAGCUUCUUGCCAAAGAAUUUUUUAUCUCAUGUUAGGAAAAAAGAAUUCUGUUUAGUGGAACAAUUCUGUGCUGCCCAUUACAAGAGGGAUUAAGCUUCAUUGAGCAUUUCUACUAAAUCUCAAAUUCCUGGCAGAUUAAAGAUUUAUGUAGAUCUGUGAUUUCAUUGGUGUAGGAGGCUUUUGAUGAGGAAAUUCCCUCUACCAAGGCAGAUCUGCAAUUGUUCUGAGAUUUACAGUUUUAGAGAUUUGGCUGAGGCACUGAGACCUGUCCAAGGUCACAUAGCUCAUUGGUGUCAGAGGCAGGAUUUGAACCCAGGUCUUCCUGAGAACAAGGACAGCUCUCUCUCCAUGGCUACUGUAACUGUAACUGUAACAAAUGGGUUCAAAAGGGAUAGCUUGUUGCAUUGGAUAAGUAUGAGAUUGAAAUGUAUGCAAUUUUCAUGUGCCAAAUAUUGAAAGGGCUUAUGGUUUAAGUUCACACUCAGCUUCUUUAGAUACUGUGAGAAAUUAAACAUCCUCCCCUUGAUUGUGCAAGUCACAAAUCAUCCUUUGCAACUUUGCCUUUUCUCACUCAUGAAACUCUGUAGUCAUUUGCUGUUUUGGGGAUGUUACCCAGGGGCAGUAGGGGCAGUGUGCUAUGAUGGAAAGAAUCCUGGCCUUGGAAGCUCGGAGAUCUGGUUUCUAGUUCUGGCUCUUCCUCAAACUCACUGUGUGACCUUGGACAAGUAAUUUAGCCUCUCUGGGCCUCAGGCUCCCUUAUCUAUAAAAUAAGGGUAUCCAACUCUUAGAUCCUGUGUGCCUAGAUGCUUCUGUGUCAUUUUCAAUCAAUCACCGUAUGGUAUUUGACUCUGUGCCAAGUGAGAUUCCCCAGUAAAAGAGGAACUUUUCAUAUCAUUCUUAAGAUUUCACAAAUUCUUUUGAAUAUUUAGGGGGUUGGGGAAGAGAAGAAGUUUGAAGGUGAGUGUUAGGAAAAAGGAAAGCUUAUCACCUUAAGGAAGAAAUUCUGGUGAAGAGAUGACUCUAACAUCUCAAAAUGGUGACGACAAGACUUGUUCCACCAACCAUAGGAAUAUCUCAUAACCUUCAUUCAUUUACCUUGUUCUGAUGCCCGAUUGGUUUCCUGAAUGGUGCCAAUUUACUAGAAAUAUAUUCUUUUGGGGAAAGAGGGCGUUAAGUCACAAAGAACAUACUUCUUAAUACUAGGGUUCCAAGGAUGGGACAAAAUGGAUCUAAUAGUACUUUGUGAAAAUUAUUCACUUUCAGUCUCAUAGUCUAACCCCAACAGUUAUCCAUUGGAACUCAUGGAACCAACUAUUCUUUCUGAAGCCACCCUGAUAUGCUUGUCAUGUCAACACCAUGCUUGUUGGGGGGGGGGGGAAACAACUCUUGAGAAGAAUGGAAAGGAAGGUUUGGUUCAGAGCUAUAAACUCAUAGCUUUCUUGGACCGGGGAACUUUUGCAGUAGCUGCAAAUAGAUGUUCUCUUAGCAGUUACUUUGCAAUCCCAGGACCUGGGAAGAUAGGAAGCAGGCCUUCAGCUCUGUACUUCUGCUUUCCCACAAAAUCUACUAGGCAAGGAUUCCACCUCCCACCCAGAAAACCAUAGUAAGAUAAACAACCAGCCCCGGAAAAAUUCAUUCGAAGUUAAGGAGACAGGGGUGGCAUGGGUGUGGGAAGGGAAGAGAAUAACUGUUGUGAAAGGGUUACUGAAUAGCAAUUCCUUUUUUUUUUUUGUAUAGAUACAACAUACUUAGUUUUGAGUGGAACAGUUCUCUUCCCCCUCCUUCCAGUUUAAAAAGCCCUCCACAUUCUCCUACAGUCACACUCUGAAAAAAAGCAGACUAACCUGAUAUCUUUCUUACCAUUCUCAAUUCUUGCCUCCCUAGCUCCUAACUUUACCACUGACACAUUUUCUCACUUUUAAAUGUAGUAGUGAGGCACAUACCACAUUAAUUUGAAGAUGACUUCUAAUUGAAACAUGAUACUUUUAAAAAAAUUUCUGAUUACAAAAAUUUAAUUUCCAUUACCACCAACAAAAAAAAAAUCUCAUUUUCCCUAGCCUCUCCCCUCUCAAUAUGUCUGGCUAAAUAUAGGAGUGUAGGUAGUGAAAGGGAAAGUAUAUUGCUGAGAGAUCCUAGGGCAGAUUGGAAGAAUAGAAUAAAGAUGUGUGACCUUUCUGAGAGGGGGUGAUUCCUGGUGGGGAGCUGGGGCCUCCAGGCUAUUCAGAUUGGAGAAAGGAUUUGGACCUCUUCAAGAGGAUAAAUGAAAAUGGAGUGAAAACCAGGAUAAUGUGAUUUUUAAGGGGCUGGGGCAGUUCAUCCUGGAGUUAGAGGAAGAAGGUUAGUGAGAAACACUGAUAACUAGGGAAGAUUUAGGAGACUGGGUUCUUAGAUCAGAGGAAAAGUUAGUUGAGGGAGUUGAUGUGGGCAGAGAUCAGGUUCCAAUCCAAUUAAGGAUUGAAGGGGAAUGAUUUCAAUAUGUCCUCAGCUACAAAAGGGACCCUGCUUUUGUGUAAGGACCAAAAGAAGUAGGAUUGGUCAUAGAUAGUUGCAAGGAAAUAACAGUGGCCCUGACCUGAGAGGUCAAGAAGAGAAGGUCAAGAGAGAGAAGAAGCCUGAUGAUCAGGAGAACCUGGAGGGGAUGUGUUAAUGCUUGUUAAAGCCGUUGAGUAACAAGAUACCUGUCACUUACCUAAGCUCUAUGUGAUUUGUACCACAAGACUUCCUCACUGUUGGAAAGUUGUUUCCUUUGUGCUAAGAACUGGUUAGCUGCCUGUUCCCACUCAGUCCAUUAUAGCGUUGGGGAAGGUACAUUGUUGGAAAAACCAAAUGGGUCAGGCUAUGAGUCAGUCCCAAAAGGCGUUGAUGAGGGAGGAAAAUCCCCCUUUAUUCUCUUAAAUCAUAAUAGUAAAAGAUUAUUCACUUAAAGAAGCCAUCUGUUUGCUAGUUCCCACGGACAUCCAUUCCUCACAGAGGAGAGAGUCUGAGCUCUGCGAAGGAUACCAAGUCCUUGUAGUUACUUCAUCCACGUGUCCACACUCAGCAGUUCUAGGCCCCAAGGGCAUCAUCCAGAAAAAAGAAAUGGAUUAUAUUUUAAAGGGUUUUUUCCUCGUAAAAUAAUUUGGUCUUGUGAUGUAUUGGAGCCAUGUGAUUCUUGGUCAGUCGAAAGGCGAGUGCUAACUGUGAGAGAAGUUAGUGAAAGAAGUAUAUGCAUAUAUCUACCUCAGGGGAUAUUAUGAGGAGUCAUAGAAUUCCGUGUCUAGAAUGAGCUCUGAUUCUGGAUAAAAGUUCACUCGAGAUGGUUGUAUCUUUUGGUGAUUUACUAUACUAGUGUCCCAAAGACUUCAAGGGAUAUAAAUUUGAGCCCAGCCCAGGGUCCUGAACUUGAACUAGUUCCCAGGGGAGGCAACUUCUCAAUACUAAACAUUGACACUGGUUUAUUCCUUGGUUUUAUUCCCUUUAUGUUGUUUCAAGGUAUAAAUGAAGAAUAUUUGUCAAACCUGUCAGGCCCUUUUAAGAAGGGAAACCAGGUUCAUUCAUUAGCAUUAAGUACCCAGACUCUUAAUUUGAUGUAUGCAGAGAAACUGUGCUGUCCUAAUAGGCCUCUAGCCAGUAGCCUUCAGCAACUUAUGUUUUUUUUUUUCCUCAAUCAGUGCCUUAGAACCUCUUUCUCUUACGGUCCUUACUCUAGAAAGCCUGGAGAGGCUCCAGGUGACCCUCCUCACACCUAUUCUACUCUCAGCUCUCCAACCAUCUGUAACUUUUCAAAGUGAACUUGCUUCCUCACUCACCUCACCCAGUGAAGGCAGAAAGCAACCAGUUUCUCUGUUUUCCUAGGUGGGUAAUAUAGAGCUUGAGUGUCCCACAAACAUAGCAAAAGCCUUUUAGCUAAAUCAGCCAGCCUCGUUUCCAUCUCACCUCUGUAAGGAAUUUCCCAGGCCUUCAACUUAGUAGGGCAACAGAUACAGGACAUCUCUGCCUCCCCCCUUUUUUUGGAAGACAUCCUUGCCCUGGCUACGUGUAUGGAAACUAAAUCAUUGUGGGUUACAAGUGGUUAGUGGGUCAUUUAAAGAGCAGACACUCCUUCAGCUAGACAAGUGGCUUUGAAUGUUCAAGUUCUCAGGCUUUGAGCCGGUAUGAGGGAUCAUUUUAGCAACUGGAAAAACCAAGGCUUUAUUUUUAACUUUUGGUUUCCAAAGCCACAGGUGUGGUCUGUGGAUGGCCCUGAUCGCCUGAGUGACUAGGGUAACACUGAGAAAGAAACUGAGGUCUCAGCCUUAGGUUACCUUCCCACACAUCUGAAUAAAUGGCCCUCUAAGCAGGAGCAAAGGUGAGGUAGAGGACUAUGUCUCACCAGGUUGUUUUUUGCACUUGUAUGCCUUAGAGACCUUUGUUAAGCAAUCCUCUUAUUACUGGUGCCACUAGCACCCUCCUUGAUGUGUGACUCCCCAAAACACUCCCAUUCCCAAGCAAGCAGUGGGGGCACCCCCAUCCCACUUCUAGUGACCCUGUCCUUUGUGUGAUUCCAAUAAUCCAGCCACUUGAAGUCCUUCCAUUUGUCACAGCAAGAUGCCCAGAUCCUCCAAAGACCAAAGCUUUUGUAAUGUAGCAGUGCUAACCAUUGUCCAAAUUUCAAUAUGUCCUUGUGUUAAGAACAAGGUUGUUUAGGUGUUUAAAGUUUCUUUGUGAUUGUUUUAACAGGGAAAAAAAUAAAAAAAAUUGGUGUGUUUGAAA